UGUAGUGCAGCUGCAUUACCUUGUAUGACACCCCUCAGCAUCUUUAAUAGUGCAAAUUUGGGCUUCAAAGCAUGAUUUCCAGGCUGGUCUUCCUACUCUUCUGUGGAAAUAUUUCACUCAAUCUUGGAAAUGCUCAAAAAUUGCCAAGAGUUAAGAGACAAAGUCUGAAAGUUCAGAUUAAUGCUACUGGUGAUGCAGUGUGCCUGAGAUAUAUUCGGCCAAGUCCCAGCAUCAAACUGGAAGGCUUCAUCUUGGGAUAUGGCAGCAGCUUCUUCUCUAACCAGUAUAUUCCUCUGCCAUCAGAUGGAAAACCCUACAUAACUGAAGUUGAUGCAGAGCCAAGAUACUUGAUUGCAGUGAGGCCAGCACCUGUUCCAAAUUACAGGAAAUCCUGCUCAGGUCAAACAAAGACUCCAAAGCCCCUCCAGUUGGUAAUAGGCACUUUAACUCCAACUUCUGUCUUCUUGUCUUGGGGAGUCUUAAUCAACCCAAAGCAUGACUGGAUCACAAUGAAUAACUGUGCAAAUGACAGAUUUUAUACAGUUCGCUACAGAGAGAAGGAUAAGAACAAGAAGUGGAUUCUUCAGCUUUGCCCUACUACAGAAACAGUGGUUGACAACUUGAAACCCAACAUAAUUUAUGAAUUUGGAGUGAAGGACAAUACAGACAAUGGCAUCUGGAGUAAGACUUUGACUCACAACACAGUUGGAUCUUAUAAAAUCAAGGAAAAUGGGUAUCUACAGAAUAACAACAAAUUGCCCAAGAUCCAAACACAGCUUAUAUCGGUAGAUCCAAAAGCAGGAAGUCCAGUUACAAUGAUCAAAGAAGUAAUUAAAAAUAUCACACAUCGGACACAGGCUAAAACCACAGAGAAAUCUCCUUUAGCAGGACCAAUACUAGUUCACCUUAUUGUUCCAGAUUUCAAUCAAGCAAAACAGAAACAACUAUCUCCUUUCCCAGAGGAUAUGUCUGAAAGGUCAAAGAAAAUAUUGGCUGAAAAUAAUACUCUUCAAUGGCCUGCAGAAUCCAAGACAUCUGAGAUACAAGAACUCUCCCCACAAUCCCAACCUGAUACAACUGAACUAGACUGGGAAAGCAGUAGACCUACAGUUUCUAGUGUCUCAGGAGAACCAAAGAGUUUUCUCGCACAUACUGAAAGUGAACUGGAAUCUUCAAAGCCUAGAAUAAGCUCCAUGGCUGAAUUGCCACUUGACACAUUAGCUCCUCACAAGUUUCCAGAAUUUCCUAAAAUACACACUCCCACACUGCAAACGCCCAGGGGAAAAUUAGCUUCACAUGAAAUGCAGCCAGUUCCUUCGCAGCCACAAACGACUGCUCCAAAAACCACACAGACAAAGCUGGCAGUCACAAAUGAACCUAUUCUGGAAUCUCUAACACCUAAAACAGCUAAGCUUGACUGGCCAAGGGCAACACUGGUGCCAUCUGAAACACCACUUACUCCUUUUAAGUGGAAACCUUCUGCCACUCCAGAAGGAUUGCUUGUGAAACCUGCUUCUAAACCACCACCAUUGGAGCAGAAUAUCCCUAAAACUUCUCGGAUUACUGAACGGUUAAAAACUACUCCAGCUCUGCCAGAAACAAAAUUUGUUCCUUCUACAACUAAACCUGCUCAACACAAAAUUCCAGAAACUAAACCUGCAGAAAAAGAGCCUCAAUGGGAGAGCACCACACCUAAAAUUUAUAAAAACCCUGAAUUACCAAGAACAACACAGGCUCUCAGUAAAACAAAAAUCACUGUUUCCAAACCCCAAAUCCUUCCCCAUCUAGAAGAGCCAAAGACUGUACCGGCAGUUACCACCAAAUUGGUUCCAGUUCCUGUCACUACUAAAGUGUCUCACAUUACUGCAUAUCCAGUGACAACAAUGGCUUCUUCUGAACCAGCCUCUAUCCCUUCUCAGUCUAAAGAAACUGACUAUACAAUGCCAGAAGUGCCUGAUAAUAAACCUGCUUUAGAUGAAACAGACCUCUUUUCUUCUAAACCAUCUACAGUCCCUGAACUCCCACUUACUAAAUCUGUCUUGGAAUCUAUUACAUUUAACAAUGAACUUCCAAUAAUAGAUCCAAAAGUCAAGCAUCAUCUUUUCAGCACGAAAACAACAAUAAGCCCUCAUAUUCUACAAACUAAACCUGUCCUACAAACUACUACAUUUAGACCUCAGCCACCAAUGACAGAAAGAGAGGAAGAAGACCAAGAACCUUCAAAACCUAAAAUUUUGUUUAGCCCUGAUGUGUCUCAGACCAAGCCUGACCUUGAGACAAUUACCUUUAGACCUGAAAAACCAAAAACAACAACAGCUCCAAAAGAAACUCGUAGAGUGCCUGCCAGGGCUAAAACAUCUGCUAGCCCCGGUAUAACAUCAACCAAGCCUGGUUCUAAAGGAAGCAGACGUGUGGUAUCCAGGGCUAAAACAUCACCCAGUCCAAAUGUAACUCAAACAAAACCAGCUUCAGCAGUGGAAUACUUCUUUCCUAAUAAAUCAAAACCAUCCCCCAGGCCAAGAAUUCUAGAGACCAAACCUGCACUCUAUCAAACAACUUCACAGCCACUUACAAUCAAACCUACUUUGUCUUCUGGACACCUGAAGACAACUAUGGCUCCAAAAGAAACAAAAUUCAUUCCUUCCAAACCCAAAACAUCUGGCAAACCAGAAAUAUCACAGACUAAACCUGCACCAGUGGAAACAAUCCCAGGAUCAAUUAAUCUUCAUAUUCAUGUUCUCAAUGACCCCAAAGAUACUUCGGUUCCGUCCAAGCUCCCAAGCAGAGAAACAACUGAAAGCCCACAUGUGAGAACUGCAUUCCAUAAAGUGUAUCUCACAACUGCAAAACCCAAGACAACGGAUAAAUCACAGACCAGAUCUGUUAUUCAUAAAACAACACCAGCACCUGGCAGAACAAGAACAGCUGGUAGGGCAAUAUGGGGUGACAUAUUAACAGAACAGGAUAUUACCAGGCUUUUCAGUACAAGCGCUAGUGCAAGCACCAAUGUAUCAGCAGACUCUACAGUUGCAAGGAAAAAAUCAGACUCUGUAGCUACACCACCUGACCCUCCACGACCACCCUUAGCUCCUGCCAAGCCUACACCAAUGCGAAGAAAACCUCUACCUCCAAACACAGUGACGGGUAAACCUGGAAGUUCAGGAAAUAUUUUAAUGCCACGAGCCCCUCCGCUCGCCACAGCAUCUUCUGUUGCAAAGCCUAUGAGACCAACAGUUCUUGUGAGAACAGGCUCACCAAAAAAACCUCCUACGGCUUCUGCUUCUCCAGAUUACAGUAACACGACUGUGUUCAGCUUACAGCCUACAUCAGAGACUGAUAUAGCAGGCAAACCAAGGUACAAAGGUGAUCAUGUUAGGUAUAUGAAAAAGGAAGGAGAUGUUCCGUGUUCGAUCACAGAUACUCUCCAGCAUUUCCCAAAAGAAGAAGGUGACAACAAAAAUGCUCUCAGCCCUCCAAACAAUCCUCCUACCAACCUCACUGUGGUGACUGUUGAAGGCUGUGCAUCAUUUGUCGUACUAGAUUGGGAAAAACCAGAAAAUGAUACAGUUACAGAAUAUAAAGUUGUAUCAACUGAAAAUGGAGCCCCUGAUGGAAAGGACAAGUCUGUUAUUACUACAAAUCUAACCCAUUCUACUGUGGAGAACUUGAAACCUAAUACAAGUUAUGAAUUCCUUGUGAUACCUAGCAACCCACUUGGUGAAGGUCCAAGUAGUGAAACAAAGGCAUUUAAGACAGAAUCGGCGGACCCAAGAGUAAAUGAGCAAAUUUCAAUGGGAAAAGAUGCAAUUUGGACUGAAAUCAAAUUCAAUUCUGAUGACUAUUCUGAAUGCAAAGGAAAGCAAUAUGUCAAGAGGACGUGGUACAAGAAAUUUGUUGGUGUACAGCUAUGCAAUUCUUUGAGGUACAAAAUUUACCUCAGUGAUUCACUUGCAGGAAAAUUUUAUAAUAUAGGUGAUCAAAGAGGACAUGGGGAAGACCAUUGCCAGUUUGUGGACUCCUAUUUUGAUGGAAAGACAGGGCAACAGCUUCAGCCAAAUCAACUAGCUACUAAAGAUGGCUUUUUUAGAGCUUUUCGACAGGAGCCUGUCAAGUUUGGAAAAAUAGGAGCGGCAACUCACACUAACUAUGUUCACUGGUACGAAUGUGGGACUACAAUACCUGGGAAAUGGUAGAACGAACCAUGAACUGAAUGCUGAUGGACUGCAUCCAACUAUGAGCAGCGCAAGACAAACUUCUUGAAACAUGCCAUGGUACUAUACUUGUCAUGCUGAAACCUAGUGACAGAAUCGUGUCAACUAUUUAAUAGCACUGGCUACUUAAUAGUUGCCCACAUUUGCAUAUCUUUUGUAAGGAGUUAGAAGUUAGAACAUGUCCUAAAGUAAUGUCUUGGGAAGCUGGCUCCCUACUAGUGUCUUAUAGUACCAUCUGUUUUGAAAGAUGUGGUUUAUUAUUUAUCAUUUUUGUGACACUAAGGCACCUUUUAACAAAAAAAAAUUGACAAUUAUAUUCUGAAUUGUAGUGAUAUGUAUUGCCAAAGUUCAUGUUCUGGUUUCUUGAUCUUUUCAAGUGCUCUUAAAUUAUUCAGUCAUGGUAGUGUUGUUGUUUUUUAAAUGACCCUAUAAAGUGAAAGAUAUUCUUACUCUGGAAAACUGAUUGUGGUAUAGAGCUCUUGUAGCCAUAUAUUCUACAGUCAUUAAGACAUUGCAAGUAGGAGAAACUCUUGAUGAUUCUUUUACCAUACAUCUACAGUAGCUGGAUGGCAGUCUUCUUUAGUACUUGGAGCAGCAUCAGACACUAUCUUUGGGGUGAAACCAUAUUAAUUUGGUUGUCAAUAAAAGACUCUGUAGCCAUGUAUUCUGAGUUUACCUUUGACACUGUAGCAAAAACAACUGAAACCACAGUGCAUAAUUCUCUUCUGAAACUGGCUGUCGAAGAGCUUAUGUGCCAUUUACUUUUGCCCCACAAUAGCGAACACUAGUGGUAAGUUUUGUAAAUUUUUGUCUCUAUGAAUUUUAGCUACUGCCUAAAGAUUUAAGAAGCUCCAAAAUCUUCUGCUAGUCAAGUUAGGUAGAAUACAUACACAACAGUAAUUAAGCCAGCUAUGACCAAGAUGCUUUGUCCUUUGUCUUCUAGUAUAGAGACCCAAGUAUGAGGUACCAGUGUCACUUAUGUAGGGCAUAUGCAUACUUUAAGCAUGGCUUUCCCCCUCAAAAAUGCAUAGUAGCAGUAAACACAUUUACCAUUCAUAAAUGACAAAGUACAUAAGCAGCAGCCAACAGACUGUCAGAUUAAGAAUAAGCAAGUUUUCCUGUACUCUGACAAACCAAUGAUCAUGGAGUUGGGCAGUGCAAUCAUGAGUCGGAGGCAUCGCAGCUGGGGACGGUACAACCACAGGGCAGGUGCUCCGCCCCCUAAAAGCUUGCCCUGCUGUGGCCAGCAAGCCAACAGAAAUGCUGCCCCUUCCUCUAUGAACAUGGCCUAUGCAGCACAAUGGGCUGUGCCAAAUAUUUUGCUGGUGUAAGUCAAUGCUAGCAAAUGGGGGUGUCAGGAAACUGACUAAAGACAGUCCCACAUCAGGAAUGUCCCCUUCAGCACCAACACAGGAGUGUUGGUGCCAUAGCUGCACUGGUGCCUGGGCGUCAUGCUGCAACAUAGCUCCCCAGCCUAAGUGCCUCUACGCUGGCAUAAACCCCCCUUUACACUGGGGUCAUACCGCCUCUUAAGCUGUUCCCCCUCAUGACUGCAUUGUUAUUUGCAUACAACAUGGAUCAAUGAAGAUGUCAAUGAAAUAGGUGUACAAUAAUUUACUUCCAAAGCGUACAAAACCAUCUACAACUGUUAUAUUUUUAAAAAUAGUUUACUUUAUAUAAAAUUGAAAGUAAUGUGAUCUGUUUUGCAGAAUGGAUAUAUUAAGACUGUUUUGAAAAUACAGUAGCUCAGUCCUUCUCAAAGUGCUAUAUUUGUAAGGCUUAUACAUGUAGACAUUAUAUAUAUAUAAGAGAUGUAGGUUUUAAAGGUGUUAAGAUAUAAAAAGGAACACAAGGAAUAUUGGAUGGGUUGUUUAAUAAGAGAAUUCCUUCUAAGUACAUUGCAGGUACACUGUACUCUUAAUAAAAUAUUUUUAAUCAUAAAUA